UCUACCAGUCUGACCAUGAAGUAUGAGAUAGAUGCUGACGGAGUCCUCCAUUGUGUUUUGGGGGAGCUGUCUUACAAUGACUUUGACAAAUCAGGGAGAAUAAGCGUUUGGAAGCUGCUGAAACUCAUUGAAGGAGCCCACAAGGCACUAAACCAAAGUGGCAUCAGAAUCAACCUCAGGAGUUUCGGCAUAUUGACAUUUAUUCGUGCCCAAUUUCUUCAGGUUUAUCCAGCCUUUUACACGAGCAAACUCACACAGAACCGAGCUCUGGAUAUCACCAGCACAUUGAGUCAUCUUGGGAGCACGUCAUAUUGUUUGGACACUGACAUGUAUGAUUUGAGCACAAAGACACUCCUAGCCUCUGGGAGUGUUCACGGCGUCUUUGUUUCGGAACAGACACGUCGCCCUUCUCCGGUGGCCUCCAUGGCUUGGCAGCGCGCAAAAGUGAUAAUCCCACGUGACCAGCGACCCAUUUCUGGACCUGAUUUUCCAGCACGACCCAUUGGCACCUUGUGCUUCACCCAGACCAGAACCGUCAUGUCCAGUGAUACCGAUGCCAACGAUCACCUCAAUCAGGCAAUGUUCAUCCGCUUCUGUUUCGACUGCGCAAGUUCAGCUGCCUUAGAUGGACACCUGCCCAGCUUCAGGAAAGACGUCAUCUACGCGGACGCCAAGACGGUGUGGUUCUUGUACGUUCGCGAGGCCAGGGUCGGUGAGGAAUUGUCGCUGUACUGCUGGGAAGACCGCAAUUUGAGUCGAACUCUUUGGGUCGAAAUGUGUCAAGAGUCGCAGGUCAUUGGCCAGUGUCAAAUACAAUUCUAUGAAGAUGGACUGACAAGGUCCACCUCUGAGCCUGAUGGAGGGCUGACCUUGGCAAAACUCUGACUCAUUAAACUUGUCUUAAAAGAUUUGGUUACUGGAAAUGCAGGAAGUUAAUGCACAAUGUAGCUGAACAUUGCCCAACUGCGGUUGGAGGAAUAAUAGUUGUCCAAUUGGCAGGUGAUAAAUAUUUAGAAUUUUUUAUAGCAAACCUUCUUACCUCACAAACAGAUAUCAAACUUUAAAUAAUAUAAACAUUAAAAAAUAAGUGUAUUUCAGUCUGAAAUAUACAGUAAGGUACAUGUAAUAAAUGUGACUGGGCUCAAAAGAAUUUAAGACUGGAAAUGGGUUACAACUCAACAUAGCCCAGCUGUGGUUUUAUAAAGUUGUGUACUUUGUGAACCUUGCAGGUGAUCGAUAGAUAUAUAUCUUUUUAAAAUUAAAUGGCAAAUUGUCUUGCCGGGAUCACAAACAACCACCUUUACAAAUUGUGUUUGUUUUUUGUUAUUAAGGGAAAUAUGUAUACAUGUACAUCCAAUCAAGUUUUAUAUGACAUUCAAGUGAGUAUCAUCCAACUAACAUUUUCGAACUAUUUUACUCCCAAAAAUGGAUCUGAAUGUAUUUUUAUAAAGUGAUUUCUUUUAAUGGUUCUAUGUUUUGUGAUGCUAAAAUUAUAGUGUAUGUAGAUAUAUUGAUGACAUUCACAUAAAAUUAAACCUCAGUUGAAACUGAAAUUAAUUUGUGAUUCAGUUACAAGAAGCGCAA